AUCCAUCCACUAUGCAUCUACUAGUCAUGUCUGCUGGGAUACACUACGCAUGCGUAGUUUAAAGUUGCCGUCAUACAACGUAAAAUGCUUAUGUGGCUGCUGAGAUACUUUUGUUUAGCCUGAAAGACAAACAAACUGUUGCAAUGAAACUUAUCAUACUGGUUCUCUUUUGUUUCUGCUGCUCUGUAACAGCAGAAGAAGACGAGAGACUGCCGAAUAAAUGCGAAGUGUGUAAGUUUUUGUCAGUAGAGCUGCAGGAUGCUCUGGAGAAAACUGGUCGCUCCAAAGAAGUCCUGGAGGUCGGAGAAGUGCUGGACACAGGCAAGAGAAAAAGAAAGAUUAAAUACAACACCUCGGAAACUCGGCUGACUGAAGCGGUGGACAACAUAUGUGAACGCAUCCUGCAGUAUAAUGUUCAUGCAGAGAGGCCUGGCAGCCUCCGAUACGCCAAGGGUGCCAGUCAGACCAUGACGACCCUAAAGAACCUGGUCCACAAAGGAGUUAAAGUGGAUUUGGGUCUGCCGUAUGAGCUGUGGGACGAACCCUCUGUAGAGGUGUCACACAUGAAAAAACAGUGUGAGACAAUGCUGGAGCAGUAUGAGGAGGUUGUGGAAGACUGGUACUUCCAUCAUCAGGACAAGAGGCUGGAGAACUUCCUCUGUGAGAACCACGUCCUCAAGACAUCGGAGCAAGAAUGUAUAAAGGAGGCGUUAAAAGGAGACAUGGGGACCAAAGGAGGGGCCAAGGAGGCAGAAGGUGACAGCACAGAAGAGGAGGGAACAAGACAUGAUGCUGGCGAGCUGUGAGGAAAACAUUGUCAAAAAGGGAAAUGCAGAAGACAACACAAUAACCUCAAUUUUAGCUUUUGGCUAUAAACAGCAGAGGAUCUAUGCAUUCUGAAAUCAUUUUAGCUUUUGGCUGGAUGUGACACACGGUCAACCAACAUUUUUUAUUUGGUGCCAAAUCCUGGUUCUAGAGAAUCCAUUGGGAGUUAUGACUUUAACACUACAUUACUGUUAUUAUUUUUUUAAGAAUGUGUCAGCAUUUUAAGUACUGUCGCAACACGCAACAAACAUCUAUUGGAAUUAAGGUUUAAAGCCUUUCCUAUCAAUAUUUGAGACAUUUUCAGUGUUAAAUUAUGUGUACACACUGUUAUAUCUCUCAUUAUGCCAACAUUAUAUGGUACACAUCAGUAUUUUCUAGCCCAAAUUGCAGCCUUUAAAUGCAAUAUGUACAGUUUUUCAUUGUAAAUAAAAUGCUUUUUAUAACACUUGGA